AUGUCUGCUAAGACUUCAGCUGAUAUGACCUGGCAUGCUAAUGGUCGGACCAAUGAUGGUCAUUUGCGACACCCUGCUGAUGCUGAGGCAUGGAAAUCAUUUGAUGCAAGAUAUCCCGACUUCGCUUCUGAUCCUCGAAAUGUUAGGCUUGGUCUUUCAUCUGAUGGAUUUAACCCAUUCAAAUUGUUAAGUACGUCGUACAGUACUUGGCCAGUGGUGUUGAUACCCUAUAAUUUGCCACCGUGGAUUGGGAUGAAGCAACCUUCUUUCUUCUUAUCAAUGAUUAUUUCUGGAGAUAAAGGUCCCGGAAAUGAUAUCGACAUCUACUUGCAACCUUUGAUUAAAGAGUUAAAGCAAUUAUGGGUCGGUAUCGAGACGUAUGAUGCAUCAGCAAGGAGGAAUUUCUUUAUGCGUGCUGCCUUAUUAUGGACCAUUAAUGAUUUUCCUGCUUACGCAAAUUUAUCUGGUUGGAGCACGAAAGGAAAGUAUGCUUGUCCUUGUUGUGCUGCACAAACUUCUUCGAAAUGGUUAACAAAUGGGCAGAAGUUUUGUUUUAUGGCACAUCGGCGGUGGCUAGAACAUAAUCAUCCAUAUAGAUCCCAGAAACAUCUGUUCGAUGGUAAUGUAGAGAUGCGUGGAGCUCCACAAACUGGUAAUGAAUCAAAGAAAAGGCCACUCCAAGUCCCUAAUGUUGAUGCAGAUAGUGAUGAUGAUGAACUAGAGGAAGAAGAAUCAAAUGAAGCAGAUUUGUGGAAGAAGAGAAGCAUCUUCUUUGAUUUACCGUAUUGGGAGCACAACUUAUUGCGCCAUAACGUGGAUGUGAUGCACAUUGAGAAGAAUGUUUGUGAAAAUAUUGUUGGAACAAUUCUUAACGUUGAUGGGAAAUCGAAAGAUAAUCUAAAAUGCAGGCUUGAUUUGGUAGAGAUGGGAAUUCGUCGAGAGCUUCAUCCUGAAUAUCUUACGAAUGGCAAAACAAGACUACCACCCGCUUCUUUCUCCAUGACAAAAAAAGAAAAAGAUUUGUUUUGUCAAGUUUUGAAGAAUAUAAAAGUCCCAGAUGCUUACUCCUCAAAUAUUUCCAAAGGCGUAAAUCAGAAGGAGCGAAAACUUCAAUCUUUAAAAUCCCAUGAUUAUCACAUAUUGCUGCAUGAUUUGCUUCCAAUUGCAUUGCGGUCAUCCAUGUCAAAGCAAGUGACUCAUGCCAUUUCAGAAAUUUGUAACAUAUUUAAAAUUCUUUGCGGUAAAGUUCUUAAGGUGGAAGAUCUUGACAAACUUCAAUAUCGAGCAACAAUAGCGUUAUGCCACUUGGAAAAGAUUUUCCCGCCUUCAUUCUUUACUAUAAUGGUGCACUUGAUUAUUCAUCUUCCAUUGGAGGCAAAACUCGGUGGACCUAUUUAUUAUCGAUGGAUGUAUACAAUUGAACGGUUUUUGCUAAAGUUAAAAUCUUAUGUGCGGAAUAAAAGAUAUCCUGAAGGAUCCAUCGCUGAAGGAUUUUUAGCAGAGGAAUGUGUAACUUUUUGCUCUAGAUAUUUGGUUAAUGUUGAAACAGUAUUUAAUAGACCUGGGAGAAAUUUAAAAGAAGUACACGAUGAGGUACUAGCAAGCUCAUAUUUAUUUGAAAGUGGUGGAGAGCCAAUAGGGAAAGUUGAAGUGGCAGAGUUGGAUGAUAGAUCAUGGGCACAAGCACAUCGUUAUGUGUUAUUACACUAUGAAGCUAUUGAACCACUCCAAAUUGAGUAUAGAAAUAUCUUAAGAGAUCAAAUACGAGGUCGACGUUCAAAUGCUCGUGAUGUUGAUAGGAAAUUUACUGAAACUUUUCAUGAAUGGUUGGGAGAAACUGUUUCUCAUGGAAAAGAUGUGCCAGAAGAAGUUAAAUUUCUUGCGCAAGGUCCAAAAAGAAUUGUUAAGAGAUAUAAAGGACUCAUCAUUAAUGGAUUUCGAUUCCAUACAAAAUCUCGAGAAAGAUUUAGGAAAACUCAAAAUUCUGGAUGUCUUGUUACUUUUUCAACAAUGAGCUAUGCUAGUGCUAGGGAUGCUGAUCCUUUGCAAGGAAAUGUUGACUACGAUGGGGUACUUAAUGAUAUAAUCGAGUUAGAUUAUUUUAACAAGUUCAAGGUUGUGCUGUUUCGUUGUGAUUGGGCUGAUGUGAACAAUAGUAGGGGCCUCAAGAAUGAUAGAUAUGGAUUUACAAUGGUGAAUUUCACUCGCACAAUUCACACUGGUGAACAUAUACUCGAUGAGCCGUAUGUUUUUUCAUCACAAGUGAAGCAAGAUUUUUAUUCUGAAGAUCCCAAAGAACCAGGUUGGUUUGUUGUGAUACGUAAUGAACCAAGAGAGGUGUAUGACAUGGGCGAUGACAUAACAGAUAGUGGACCUCGAACUGAAUGUUUCCCUUCCACUCAUGAGGGUAUCUUGAAUACUAAUGAUGACGGUCAAUGGGCUCGUCAAGAUGUUGAUGACGACAUUUAUGAGUUUUGA